AAAAUUCGCCAGAGGCUGAGCCGGUGUUUAACGAUGACACGACAGCUGUGAGGAGGAAAAGUGUUUAUGCCUUGUCCAAAUCCAUGUCCGGAGGAUCAUGAGAAUGACGCUGUAGUUGGUCUAUUCAUUCUCGUUGACAAGAAAGUACGUUCACUUCAUUUGGUUUCUGUCUAUCUCUAGAUCUAAAUUCCCACCGCAGACCCCAAGCAGGAGGUCGCAGGCACAGCGGAUACGAACAAUGCAGGUGGCGCCUUGUCCGCUCUACGCGCUAUGCGGAUGAUGAAAAUGCCACCUCCCAAGGCACCUCCAUCUACUGCAAAGUUGGAAGCCACGGGAACGACGAGUGAACAAGACCAAGGCGGUGUCGGAGCUCUCUCAGCACUGAAGGCAUUGCGGAUGAACAAGGC